UCUCAGUGUGGGGAUUAAAGGCAUGCCCCACGACAUCCAGAUCUAAGCUUUUCUUUAAUUCCUUUCACAAGUUGGAAACUUAGUGGGAUGGGCUCUUGUCAUGGGAUCCCCCCACCUAUAUUCCAUUUCUUAAUCUGUUUAUCUCCUUGAACACAGGAUUUAGUUCCACUCCACUUCCGGGUGCUCUUCUUCUCCUCAAAAUUUAUAUAUUUAAUUUAUCCUGCUUAGCUUGCUCCUUUUCAUUAUAAAUCUUUAUAAGCAUGAACAUUUUUAACCACAUGGCAAGAGUCUAUACUGGGCUGUUUUGAGAUUUCUUCUGCCAAGAGAAUUAAUCCCUAACUCUUUGGAUCAGGCACAAGGUAGCCACUUUCUUCACCAAAAUACCACAAGAAAGAUCUCUAGGCAGCGUGCUAGUUCUCCUCUGCAAUCUCUUGAACAAGCCUCACAUAGAUCAAAUCACGUUUAGCCCACGGUCUUCCAGGCUCCUACUAGUUUGGCACAUAAAGCAGCACUUAGAGCAUCCGACUGCUUUCCUAAUCUCAAAUCCCGUGGUCCAUAUUCCUUCAAACAAAUGCAUUGUCAUGCAUAGCACAGCAAUAAACCAGUCCCUGGUACCAACUUCAGACUUGUUAGAGUUUUCUAAUGCUGCAAAGAGACAUCAUGACCACAGCAAUUCUUAUAAAGAAAACAUUUAACUGGGGUGGCUCACUUACAGUUUCAGAGAUACAGUCCAUUGUUAUUGCGGUGGGGAGCAUGGUGGCAUGCAGGCAGAUGUGGUGCUGGCUACAUCUUGCUCUACAGGCCACAAGAAAUUGACUGAGACACUCAGCAGCAUCCUGAGCAUUGGAACCCUCAAACCCUGCCCCCACAGUCAAACAUUGCCUCCAACAAGGACAUACCCACUCAGACAAGGCCACACCUGCUAAUAGUGCCACUCCCUAUGAGAUUAUGGGGGCCAAUUACAUUCAAACUACCAGAGAUACUUAUACAAACCUCUGCUAACCCUAAAUACAAUACAAAAGAGCACAUUAGAAUGCAUAAUUUCAACUACUAAACAUUGGUCUGAGUAUUUUGCUGGAGGUUGACAUGGGAGGAGGGAUGGAGGAAAACUGAAUUUGAUUAUUCAUAUAUUGAAAUGUCAUACUGAAUUCUUUAAUUUAUAUAAUUUAAUCAUAGUAAUAAAGAAUAAAGUGUUUAAAAGAAUAAAGAACUGAUAUGCAAACAUUGAAAACACAUUCAGUGAAAAGAUUCAAAUGUAAGUAGCCCAUGUGUAAGAAACAAGUAAGACCUAGGGUGAAGAACCCUGGUCAGGAGUGAUAAGCAACAGAAUGACAUAAAUAAACCAUAAAUGGAGUGCGAUAAGCUAUGUGUGGAAGUGGGGAUAAGACUAGAAACUUAGAUGGAAAGGGGUAUAAAAGAGGAAGCCUCAGACAUGACCAACAGAGCUGGUCAGACCCUCUCCUGAGGGUACUCUCCUCCGCCAGAGACUGAGAUCCUGUCCUCAGCACAGACGAGGUUGACCAUCGGAAGGCUGACCCGAGAUCCAGAGGAACAGAUGUGGCGAGUUCGGACCUGUACACCCGGAGAAGUAUACCCACUUCCACUUGGAAGAUGGGAUAAAUAUUGCUUGUAAUCUUAUUGUGUGAAUAAAUGAGUGUUAUACCAAGUCUGAAUCAAGAGUGAUUAUUCCUCCUCUGUAACUGGGGUAUGUGUGCGCCACACCACCUAUUAUAUAAUUCUAUUUGUAGGAAAUGUCUAUAGAGGUAGAAAGUGGAUGAGAACUUAAGGCUCUAAAAACGGGAAAUGAAAACCCACUGCUUAACAUGUGUGCAGUUUCUUUUCAGGGUAAUGACACUGUUCCAGAAUAUGGUAAUGAUGGUAUUUGGGCAAAUAGUAAUGUAUUAAAUUUUAGGUUAAUUUCAUCUCAAGUAAUCUUAGGAACAAAGAAAAAUGAAAGUACAUUUUUAGUUACAAUAAUCAUUCAAAGUUCAACUUUUCAAUUGUGUUUCACAGUCUCAUAUAGCAACUGCUACUGUUUGGGUUAUUAAGUCUAAUGUUCCUGUUGUUUUGUGUAUGUUACAAAUUCAAUUAGCUGCUAUAUAGUGUGAACUUUUAACUCAUGAAUAGAAAACUAUCUUGGGUUUUUUGGUCUAGUUAAUUUUUGUUUGGUUUUGGCUGGAGUGGAACUCCCUAUGUAGACCAGGCUGGAACUUCUGCCUCCUGAGGGCUGGGAUUAAAGGUGUGUGCUACCAUCCUCGGCCCUAAUUCUUGAGAUAAAAAUGCCCACAUGUGUAGUUGAAGACAGAGUAGGUGUGAUUAUCAAAUUUAUUUCCAUUGAAUCUCAGAUAUAGAUUCAAUGAAAGCUUGGAAAGAGAAACCAAAGGGGCAUGGCAUGUAUAGUAGUCAGGCAAUCUCUUGAACUUUAAACUUCCACAUCACAGUAUGAAUUGGUUCGAAGAUAAGAAGUAGAAUAAAUUCUCUCUUGUGGACAGGGCCGAAUCUCUGUUUUUCCAGAGGCACACACAGCUGAGAUCAUGGCAUUUGACGGCAGUUGGAAAGUAGACCGGAAUGAGAACUAUGAUAAGUUCAUGGAGAAAAUGGGCAUUAACUUGGUGAAAAGGAAGCUUGCAGCUCAUGACAAUUUGAAAUUGACCAUUAGGCAAGAAGGCAAUAAAUUCACUAUUAAAGAAUCUUGCAGGUUUCGAACCAUUGACGUUGUGUUUGAACUCGGUGUCGACUUUGACUAUAGUCUAGCAGAUGGAACAGAACUCAAAGGGACCUGGAGCCUUGAGGGAAAUAAACUUAUUGGAAAAUUCAAACGUGUUGAUAAUGGAAAGGAACUAAUUGAUAUCUGUGAAAUUUCUGGUAAUGAACUAAUUCAGACCUACAUAUAUGAAGGAGUCGAAGCCAAGCGGAUCUUUAAGAAGGAAUAGGCAAGCUUCUUGGAGCCUAGAGCAACACUGAAGAGCUACACUGUUGACAGACUUUUCUCUCCAUCGUGGUAAUGCCAGGAAGAUUCAUCCUUUCAUGAGCAUUGCUAGAUUUCCAGUCUUCUCAUAGUCUAACAUGGAAAAGCUAAUUAGGACUUCUUCUGUUUAUGUUCCUUAAGAUGUACAUGAACUGUUAUUUUAAAAGAAAAUAAAUAUUGUUCUCAUAUUGCUUUGUAAGUAGUGUUUCCUUUAAAAAAAAAAAGCUUUUUGGCACAUGUAUUGAUGACUGUAUUUUUUUUUGGUCUUUAUUUUUUUCUUUCAUUUUUCUUUAUUAAGAAAUUUUC